GCUUCGUUGCAGAGACAAAUAUAGGAUGCUGAUUUUGUAGCUCUGUGUUGCUUUUGCCUAUAAAAGCUCGGCCAUGGCAAUGCGUGAGUGGCUGCGGUGGUUGUUGUGGACGAAGGGUGAAACGGCCCCGCUUAGUUGGGUACCGGGAGUGAAAAUUGCGCUACUGUACAAGGAGAGGAAAAGGGGUCUCGUGAAGAAGGCGGUGGUGGUUUGAGGGAAGGUGCGCGCUGGUCAUGGUCUGACUUUUCGCCGCUGUUGGGUUGAGCACCGCUCCAGCGAAUCGGAAUUUUGGCUCCUCUUCUUGCUCACCAGAGUCCAGACACCAAGUUUGUUGGCCGGCAUCGCUCGAGGCGCGAAUGAAUGCAGCCUCCAUAUGCUUCAUAAUUGCCUAGUCGUGGAGUCUGAAGUUUUGAUUGCUCUGGUGUUUGACUUCUGGGUGUUGAUGGUAUUGUUAUUGCUGCCUCUCUCGUAGUUCCUGCUAGUUUUUUCUUUUUUGCGUUGUGGGCAUGAGUGAGAGGGCAGUGGUUAGCGCUGACUUGUCGUGCUGCUUUGUCUGGUGGUGUGGAGUUUUGAACUGGGGUGAGUCCUCGAGAGAAGAUGAGGGCGAGAAGAAGUGGGAGUAUCGUGUGUCAUUUGGUAUUUGAGAAGACUUGAGCUAUUUAUAAUGUCCAGAGGAAGGACCCAGCAUUGCGGGUUGAGAGAUUUCUAGUUGUCGCCGCAGCAUAGGUUGAGUUCUUGCGAAUGAUGUAAUCCGGCAGCCUCUAAUUGUGGUAUUGCUUCAUCGCUGAUGUGUAGUUGAAAGCCCCGCUGUGAGCUUGUAGAGAGCCGGUGGUCGCUCCACGAUAGUUCAUUGGCCACGUUUGCUUGUGGUAUUUUGAAGACAUCUUGCAGAGCGAUGAAGUCCUUGUUCAGGUUCAUGUACAGUGGUGAUCAUCUAUCGAAUCUUGAUCUAAGUGCAGAAAGGUCUAAUCGCGAACGCGAAUAGAGAGGUUUUAAUUAUUGGCCGGAUGGCUAUGUUUAUGGAGAGAUACCCCUGUGUGACGGGAGCGGCCGUUUCAUCGGCGUCCAGAAGGAUAGGACCGGAUGAUUUAUUUCAAAAAAUGUUAAGGAGGAGGGAGGUGUAAGGGAAGGAGCAACUCGUUUUGAAUUUCGUGAAAGCAUUGGAGGUUGAACCAUGUGACACAUUUGGCGGCGCCGCUCACACAUUUGUGGGUACUGACGACAGCCGAACUGACUAACCACCACUGAAUGGACUUUUGGGUUAUGCGCAGACAUUCAAACACUAACUAGCCCAGGGAGAAGGUGGGCGAGAUUUUUCCAUCCUUCUCCAUGAACGUCUACUUAUUCCUCUUCCUUCUUUGUUUCGCCCCUUUGGCCUCGCAUCGUUAUGGACUAAUGAAAUCCGUCACUACAUUGUACGAAUCCUCUGACCCGCGGGAGCCACCCUCUCCUCCACCUCCCCCAGCGCGAUCACUCCUGUACAGGUCCGUUACAUAUCUCCGUAAAAUAAUAUUCCAGAAGCCGCCGAAACUGAACCGCAAACCCCCACCUCCGCCACCUCCAAGCCCUGAUUAUAGCCGCUUUGCCCCUCCGCCAGUGGUGAAGGCGCCCCACACGCCAUCUCCCGUCUCGCGCUGGUUCAGAAGGUCCGCAUCUGCAAGAGACCGACGAGCAUCCCUGCAGAGAACGUAUUAUCAAAGGGCCCCGCCUCUGAGUUCUUACACUGCGGCUCGCAAUGCCGAGGGAGUCAUCACAAUGAUGUCCUUUCUCGGGACUGAAGGAUCAAACGCGGAUGUUGACAUGGUGGUACUUAUGGCUCACAUCCAAGCGGCAUGCAAGCACAUUGCUGCGAUCCUUUCAUCCCCCAGAGAGUUGCAGUACAAUUAUGAGCCCUACUUCGAGGGUGGGAAGCGGGAUGACUCGAGGUCGUUGAAGAGUAUUUCGAAUUACAUAUUCCAAUUGGCUCUAAGAAACUCAGGAAAAGUGGCAGCAAUCUCAUCUGAAGAGGAUGAGGCACCCAUAUGGUUUGGGGAUGGCCCUUACAUUGUUGUGUUUGAUUCCCUCGAUGGGUUCGAAGAUUUCGAUGAACUCACUCCUACAAGCACCAUGUUCAGCAUCUACCACCGGAUACACGAAGCUGAUCAUCUGCUCUUGGAACAAAAAGCUACCAUAAAUGUGAUGCAACGAGGAGAUAGGCUUGUGGCAGCCGGUUAUACCAUCUAUUCCUCAUCUACGAUGAUGUGUUUCUCUUUAAGGACUGGAUUACAUGGAUUCACUUUAGACCAUGAUGUUGGAGAAUUUGUCUUGACCCAUCCAGACAUUCAAAUUCCUGAACGAGGCAAUGUCUAUUCUGUUGAUGAUGGAAGGUAUUUUGAUUGGCCCCCUGGCUUACGCCACUACGUUGAUAAUAUUCGGCAAGGGCAGGGUCAAAGCUCACAACGAUACUCUGCUAGACACGUUUCCUCCUUAGUUGCCGAUCUGCAUCGAACAAUAUUGUUUGGUGGUAUUGUAAUGAAUCCACGUACACAAUUGCACCUGAUUCAUGAAGCGAAUGCAGUGAGUUUUUUGGUGGAAAAUGGUGGUGGACAAGCCAUAGAUGGUAGGCGCCGAAUCUUGGAGAUUCAACCCACACACUUGCAUCAACGGAUGCCUCUGUUCCUUGGUAGCAGUGCCGACGUUUCAGAGCUUGAAGCGUAUGGCGAUAUUCAGGAAGUUUUUGACCCCAACUCUGAAUCCGAUGAUGAUGGUUACCUUGAUUAGUAGCUUCUCAUGAUCUGAGAUCGUGAUCUGCCUCAAUCCAAAACACCUGAUUGAUGUGACUGUUCUGCUGCAUCAUAGCUCCUUUAGACACUUCACUGCUGAUCAGGGAAGAACCGCUGAUGAGCAACCCCGAGCAACUUAGAGCUUUGGUGGAAUGGAGAACGGGAGGGUUAUAUAGCGGUGAGCAGCUCACAAACGAUGGAAAGACGUGACUUCAUGUCCUUUCAUCGUACACAAUUUUGACAGUUUAUGGAGUGUAUACUUGAAAAUGUAGAUCAACCUUUCCAUAGUGGUACAUCCUGUUUUUCGAGAAUUGGUAGGUGACACUUUUGAGCUUGGAGAUACAAAUUCGUGUGAUUUUCGAAAAAAAGCGUUAAAGUUUUGCCCAUUGCCAAUGUAUCAUUCUUCACGUCUAAAGCUAGUCUUUAUCUUUGUGCUGU